UUGCCGCAACCUGAAAGGCAGAAACAGAGUGGGAAGAGUGACAGAGGAAUCUAGAGUUUACAGAAAACAACAGCAACUAAAAUGAGCGGAGCCUCGACGGCAGCGUAUUUAGCUCGAAGAGCAGCGCAAAAAGAGAGAGUUCGGAUCCUCUACCGCCGUGCCCUCAAAGACACCCUCAACUGGGCCGUCCAUCGCCACCUCUUCUAUCAAGAUGCCUCUGACCUUCGCGAGAAAUUUGAAGCCCACAAGCAUGUGGAAGAUCUUGACACAAUUGACAAAAUGAUAGCUGAAGGUGAAGCAACUUAUAAUAAGUGGCGGCAUCCUGACCCAUAUAUUGUUCCUUGGGCUCCUGGUGGUUCCAAGUUUACUCGAAACCCUGUCCCACCAUCUGGGAUUGAGAUUGUGUAUGAUUAUGGUCGAGAAAACAAUGAUUAAAACAUGCAUCUUUUUUAUCCCAACAAAUAAAGUUGAUGCAGGUCUUGAGGAUCCUUGAGUAUAACGAGGAUAAAGGGCAACAGCUACUUUAUAUUCAUUCAAGUGAGAUGAGAUAACAUGAAGCUUUAAUAACAUUCAUGUUGAUGCUCCUUUGUAUUUACUGCUGUGUGUCUGGAUUUUUUUGUAUUAAGAUCAUUGCUCAGAUUGAAGGUACCAAAUGCUUGUGUACAUGGCAUACAAACUAUUUUUCUCUAAA